AUGCUUUUUCAAAAUCUUUUGGUUUGCGCCCUGGUUAUUGCCGGCGCUAGCGCUUCCUUUGUUCCCAAUGAACAACGUGCAAAGAGACACAACGGCGAAAUUCACUCCACUACCAUGAAGAUGUCUGGUAGUAGUGUUGCUGCUGGUUCAACCGUUUCCACUGGUACGACUUACUCCUAUGGUACUACUUUCUCCGUUGGUGGAACUGUCUCUACUGGUACUACUGUUUCCACCAAGGCAUCUGCUUCCGCUGUUGCUUACCAAUCAGGUACUACUGAGUACUAUAAAGAUAUCGAAGAUCACUCAUAUGAGUUUAUUAAAUUCUUCUUCGAUAAGUUCUUAUAUCCAGAAGAUGCUAAAGAAGCAGAUAAGAUUAACUCAACUUUAUUUGUUCCUGAUGUUAGAGGUAGAGUCUCUUUGACUAGAAACUUUAUUUCUCAGGAGCUAAACACUGAAUAUAUCUUUGGUUUAUUUGCAAGAGUCGAAGAAGUUCCUUUCAGUAUGAUCGGUCAUCCUACUGAAUACCAACUUGAUAAGUUUAUUUCGCUGAAAGAUGUUAUCUCAGCAUCUGCAAUUGUUAACUUCACCUUCCCUCAAUUGAGUGAUUGGGUCCUUCCAAUCCCUAUUGAAGCAUGGAUUAAAUUGGUUCCAAGCUCAGAAUCUGACAUUGGUUACUCUAUUAAAGAAUAUGAUGUUAACUUUAGAAACUUCGACUGGGCUCAGUAUCAGGCAAUGCACAGACCAGCAACUAGCAUUCUUGGACCUCAAAUCGGUGGUAUGUCAAUUGUUUCAGCUUCUACUGAACAACUUAUAAAGGCUAAGGCAAUUGACUCCAUUUGUAAGAUUGCCAUGGACCAAUGUACUGGUUCAAAUAAACAAUAUGGAAGUUAUGCCGAAUGUUUCGCUCACCUUAUGACUGUCAGAAUGGGUGAAAGUUUUGAAGGUGGUCAAAACACUAUUUUUUGCAGAAACUUGCAUCAAGCUAUGGUCAAGUACCGUCCUGAUAUCCAUUGUGAGCACUUGGGUAAGAGUGGUGGUGAUAUGUGUACUGAUAAGGACAUUACUUACAAUAGUGUUGUUUGGGGUGCCAUUGGUUACUAUAGCAACUGGGUAUACCCUUAA